CAUGCCUCCCUCCGCCUGGCUCCUUAUAGCCCCGAGGAGGCAGGAAUCCCGGACGAGUGGUACGGACAUCGCCGACCGAGAUCGCGAACACGGAGCGCAGCGUUCCCCUUUAAACACGGUCUUAUGACUUACAGGCAGCCUCAGUGAGAACGGACCGGAGACCGGAGGAAGAGGAGGAGGAGAGGAGAGGAGGAGGAGGAGGACCGGCACUCACACAGAGACAGGCAGCCCGGAGACGGUGGCGCACAGCCCGGGGGGCACAGACACUGGACAGCCUGGAUGGUUGGCGCAGGUCCGACACAAACAGCAGGACUUGAACGCAUCCGUGUCACCUGUGUGCAGAUUUGGUUCCUGUGGGCCCCCUGUUGCACCCUGUGGACAUUGUCCCCUCCUGCAGUGUUGAGGACAUGUGUCGCCUGUCAGUGGCUUCACUCUUCAUCUGCUUCUGUUUGCUGGAGAGAAGCCACUGCAACGGCAGCCUCCAAGACAGCAUGGGAGAGCUGCACAGCAGAUUCGCCGUCAGCCUGUACCAGACGCUCACUGAGAUGGAGAACAACUCCAACCUCAUCAUGUCACCGGUGAGCGUGUCCUUGUCCCUGGGGCUGCUGCAGCUCGGCGCCAGGGGCAACACGUUGGCCCAGCUGGAGGAAACACUCGGAUACAACGUCAACGAUGUCCAGGUACAGGAGUUCAUGCUGCAUGCGCAGAAUGCCGUGAGCAACACCAGCCAGGGGAUGUGGCUGCAGCAGACCUGCACCUUAUUCAUCCAGAGCGCUGUCCAGCUGCUGACUCAGUUCACACAGCACGCCGCCGCCUGGGCCAACGCUAAUGUGGUCCGAGCCAACUUCAGCCAACCCAACCACACUCGCAGCCAGCAUCAGGAGGAGACGUGGCCCCUCCUGGCAGGAAGCAGCAGCGGGGAACUGUCUGGCUCCGGCGAGGCCCAGGGAGACGCUGUGUUGUGGGGUCACCGGCUUCAGAUGGCCCUGGUCAACACGGUGGCCUUCAGGGGCGUCUGGCAGAAGCAGUUCCUGUUCACCAACACCCAGAACCUGCCCUUCAUCCUGUCCGAUGGGAGCGCCAUCAAGGUGCCCAUGAUGUAUCAGGCUACAGAGGUCAGCUUUGGUCAGUUCAGGACGGUGUCAGAUCAGCGCUACACUGUGUUGGAGCUGCCCUACAUGGGCCGAUCCCUCAGCCUACAGGUGGUUCUGCCCAGUGAGAGGAAGACGCCGCUCUCUUCCCUGGAGUCCCAGCUGACCGCCCGUCAGCUGGCCUUCUGGGACACCGGUCUGCGCAGGACUAAGAUGGACAUAUUCCUGCCCAGGUUCAAAAUGCAGAACAGGUUCAACUUGAGGUCGGUGCUUCCUGCCAUGGGCAUCAGUGACGCCUUUAACCCGACAGCGGCUGACUUCAGUGGAGUAUCAGUGGAGGAGGGUCUGUAUGUGUCCGACGCCUUCCAUGAUGUGAAAAUAGAAGUCACAGAGGAUGGCACAAAAGCAGCCGCUGCGACAGCCAUGGUGCUCCUCAAACGAUCCCGUGCUCCCGUUUUUAAGGCGGACCGUCCUUUCUUAUUCCUUCUGCGACAGAUUAAAACAGGAUCCAUCCUGUUCAUGGGCCGAGUGAUGAACCCUGCAGACCAAUCACCCUGAACCUCUUCUCCUUCUCACACACACACUUUCUCACACACACACCUACCCUGACCCUUAUUUCACAAUUGGUAUUUAUUUGUGGACUUCAGGAAGAGGGACAAUAUUUUUGUACAUAUCUGUAAA